AUGUCUUCUCAGGGCGCUUCCACGCGCUCCCUUCAUGCCGACGAUGCUCUUAAUGUCGUGACCGAUGUCUCUCCUCCCCUGCAUCUCUCCACCACAUUUCGUUACCCAAAUGAUCCCUCUAAGCUAGUCCCGGCCGCCGAUGCCACUUCCGCCCCCGACCCAACCUCUCAUGUAUACUCACGCAUGUCCGCGCCAAAUACAACUCGUUUUGAGAUGGUCCUCUCCUCCCUGCUCAAUGGUCAUGCCGUAAGCUACUCUUCGGGUCUCUCGGCCCUCCACGGUGCCUUGACACUCCUCAACCCGCGUAACAUCUCCAUUGGCGAUGGCUACCACGGCUGUCAUGGCGUGAUUGCCCUCUUCACUCGCAAUACAGGCCUGAAGAAGCUUCCGCUCGACUGCCCUGCCGACUCUCUCGAAAAGGGCGACGUCAUUCUCCUGGAAACACCAGUCAACCCCAAUGGAACAGCCUUCGAUAUCGCAUCCUACGCCACCAAGGCUCACUCCCGCGGAGCGAUCCUUAUCGUAGACUCCACCUUCGCCCCGCCAGGCCUUCAAGAACCCUUCGAUUUCGGCGCGGACAUCAUCAUGCACUCCGGCACCAAGUAUUUCGGCGGCCACUCUGACCUCCUCUCCGGUGUUCUGGCAACCAAGAACGAAGAGUGGGCCGCGCAGCUUAAAACCGAUCGUCUAUUCAUCGGCUCUGUCAUGGGCAAUAUGGAAUCCUGGCUCGGCGUCCGUAGUCUCCGAACCCUUGAGGUCCGCGUCCAGCGUCAAAGCGAGAAUGCGACCAAGUUGGUGUCUUGGUUGGAUGCGUGUCUGCAUGCGAAAAACCCAGCCCCGGGAUCUGACGAGGCAGCUGUGCAGGCUGUUCUCGAAGAUAUUUACCAUGCCUCGCUGCAGGACGGAGGGGAUUGGCUGAAGAAGCAGAUGCCGAAUGGAUUCGGGCCUGUUUUUGCCAUUAAUAUGAAAGAAGAGCCUUUCGCACGGAAUUUGCCUAGUCUGCUACAUUUCUUCCAGCAUGCCACUAGUCUUGGAGGUGUUGAGACACUUAUCGAGUGGAGGACUAUGUCGGAUGCUACGGUUGAUCGGAGGUUGUUGAGAAUCAGUGUCGGAUUAGAGAACUGGGAGGAUCUCAGAGGCGAUCUACUGAGCGCAUUCAAGAGCCUGCAAAACUGCCGCGUUUUACCCCGCUGUUAUCGCAACUCCGAAAUAUUCUUUCCUCUUCACACUCUCUCGCUUUCAAUUCAUUUGGCUCCAAAGACUAUCAUCUCAAUCAUGUCAGACACCUUUACAAUCCAUUACUUCGCUUCAGCGUCUCAAUUUACUUCGAAAAACACGGAAUCUUUACCUGCCCCGCAGAAACUUUCAACUCUCUUUGAUGAGCUCGAGAAGCGGUACCCCGGAAUUGGCACCAAGGUCCUCUCUAGCUGCGGUAUCAGUCUGAAUGGGGAAUACGUUGAUAUCGAGGAGGAUGUGGAUGUGGUGAUUGAAGCUGGUGGAGAGGUGGCGGUGAUUCCACCUGUGAGUUCGGGAUAA